UCCAGCUCAUUCUCUGGCUGCUUGAGUCCAGACCAGAACUCAGGAACCACAGAAGAAGACAGACGCUGCUGCAAAGUCUCCAGCAGCCAGCUUCCAAGCAGCCGGUCCAGACCCUGACCCGACAGCAGGGCCAGGGAUCCAGAGAGGCUCUGCUCUGUCACUGAGCAGGGCUCGUAGUUACCUAUGUAGUCGCUAGCUGCUAGCGGCUAACCCAGAAACAUCAUGAUGGCAGCGGAGUGCGAUGUGCUGUCUGAGAUCGAGGUGCUUCAGUCCAUCUACCUGGAUGAGCUGCAGGUGAACAGGAGAGAGGACGGGAGCUGGGAGGUGAGCCUGGUCCUGUACCCGUCCACAGCGGAGGACUCAGUCUCCCAGUUUGUCCGACUCACCCUGACUUUGACCCUAGACCAGCAGUAUCCCUCUUCCUCUCCGGACAUCUCCAUUCACAAGCCUCGAGGACUCUCUGACCCUCUUCCUCUUAGCGUCCAGAAGUGUCUGCAGCUGGAGGCUCAGUCCUGUCUGGGCUCCCCUGUGUUGUAUCAGCUCAUUGAGAAAGCAAAAGAAAUCCUGACAGAGAGCAACAUUCCUUACGGGAACUGUGUGAUCUGCCUCUACGGCUUUAAGGAGGGAGAGACCUUCACCAAGACGAGCUGCUACCACUACUUCCACUGCCACUGCCUCGGCCGCUACGUCCUGCACUCUGAGAGCGAGCUGCGUCAGAGGGAGAAGGAGCUGGAGGAGGACAAGACCAGAGACGGAUCAGAGCAUCAGGAGCUGACCGUGGUGUGUCCCGUGUGCAGAGAGACCCUGGCUUAUGAUGUGGACCAGCUUCUGGCCUCUCCUGCACCUCAGCUGCCAGAGCUGGAUGAAGCAGCCAUCGGUUCAAGCUUUCAACAGAAGUGGUUUGAACUGCAGAAGAUUCUGGAAAGACCAGAGAUCCAAGGGGGGAUCAUCGACCCGGAGGUGGAGUCCAAUCGUUUCCUUAUCCACAUCACUGAGACCAAAGCUCAGGGUAACCACGGUCAGCAGGGAAACGUAGAGUCCUGUCAGACCGAGACCGGGACAGGCAGGGAAGUCCACGAGCUGAAAGAGAGACCAGUGUUUCUGGGGGAUCAGGAAGCCUCAGAGGCUGGAUUCCCGAAAGAUGCUGCAGACUCAGCAGGCGGCCGUGGUCAUCCCGGGAGGAGACGGGGUCCGUACCGACCUGUCCCACACACCGGGGCCCCGGGGCCUGCACACCACCACUGGGACGGACGAGCUCCACGGAGCAGGGGAGGGGCCAAUAACCAGUACAGCAGAGGAGGCGGGCCUCGCCGUGGUCACGGCAGGGGUUACUACAGGGCGAUGGAGAGAGACAGAGGCAGAGAAGAGGUGCUAUGACAAAGGGCGACAGGAGGGCCGAUGAAACAAGUGUAUGAGUGCCUCCAUGAUCAUUCUGCAUAGAUUACCGCCCUGCAACAGAGACCACAUUCAAUGUAGAGUCUCCUCCUCCCGUACAUCACUGUUCUCAUGCUCUCUGCUAUGCAUUCUCAUGCACACACUCAUUAGGUGCAGAUGGUUGUUGCUUCUUGUUGUGGUGCAAUAUGACUUGAAAGAACUACAGAUUAAAUCUUAUCUGGAUAUUACCGAGUCUGUAUUUACAUUUUGUUUCCAGUUCUGUUCUUCAGUCGUCGGUUUGAAGUGUGACUAUGGCCUUCUUUUUUUGAAACUAAUUAAAAUGUAAGGAAAUUCAGCAAAGCAUUGAACCAGAGAUGUCUGAUUUUUGUUGUUGCUAUUUAAUAAAAUCAGACAGUUUCAUUCUU